AUGAUCGGAGCAUUCUACUCUCUCGGCAAAGACGUCUUUAGCAAGACUGAAGAUAUCUGGGAGGGAAGUUUCAGUCUCAUUGCGGCCAUCAUCAUUUCCGUCAUGGGCGCUGCGCUUUUAAGAGUUAAUAAACUUCAGGAGAAGUGGCGUGUUAAGCUUAUGCAGGCUCUUGAUAAGAAAGAUGCGAUUGCGACUUCUGGAAUCAUGAGUCGUUUCAAGCUUUGGUCGGAGAAGCAUGUCAUGUUUAUUCUGCCUUUCAUUACAGUUCUGAGAGAAGGUCUUGAGGCUGUUGUGUAUAUUGGUGGUGUCAGUUUGGGACUUCCGGCUUCGUCGUUUCCUUUGGCUGUUAUCUGCGGUCUUGCUGCUGGUUGCGUCGUUGGAUAUAUCAUUUACAGAGGAGGAAACACUACAUCACUCCAGAUCUUCCUCAUCAUCUCCACCGGAUUCCUGUAUCUCGUCGCCGCUGGCCUCUUCAGCAAAGCCGUCUGGGCCUUCGAAAUCCACGCCUGGAACAACAUCAUCGGCGGUGAUGCAGCAGAAGUCGGUUCCGGCCCUGGCUCUUACGACAUCCACAAGAGUGUCUGGCACGUCAACUGCUGCAACGCUGAGCUCAACGGUGGCGGUGGCUGGGGUAUCUUCAACGCCAUUCUCGGCUGGCAAAAUUCUGCGACUAUCGGAUCUGUUGUCUCGUACAAUAUGUAUUGGCUCGUUGUCAUUAUCUGCUUCUGCUCAAUGACUUACAUGGAGCGCUACGGCAACCUUGGCGUGUUUACACCACUUACGACAUGCUUUGGUCUGCGCAAGAAAAAGACAGUCCCUGAGAAGCCGAGCAGCAUUGAGAAUGAGCUUAUGCUUUCAAAUGGAGAUGACAAGACUGCUACGCCAGUCGUGAACAGCCUUUAA